AUGCACAAGAAGCACGACGAGCAGCAGGCAGAAGGUCGAGAGGCCUCGCAUGGAAGGGGCGGUGCUUCUACAGUUCUACGGGCAAACCAUUCCUGGCUGCUGAGUGCCUCUUACGCUGUCCCAUGUCAGGCCUGCUCUUCUCUAGCUUUAUCUUGGGGCCAACAAAGACCCAAAUUAUAUACCGAGAUAUAUAAAAUAAGGGUCAGCCUAUACAUCUGGCGACAGAUUUUGCAACCAGAAAUCUGUGAACUUUUAGACAAAUCAACAGCUAACACGUCACCAACAAAAAAACUGACAGAUUUGCAAUACAAAAAAUCUGUCAGAUUUGCAAUACCCGUUUGCAAUAGCACAGAGAUCCAAAACCCAACAACAGUCAACCACUUCGUUCGCACAGGCUCCACACUGCCUCGCUCUGCACGCCGUACCUCCUCGUGGUGCCGCUGGGCCUCCUCGCUCUUCGGCUGCUGGCGCUCAAGAGCCUCAGCUCCUCCCACGCCCGUUCCCAGGGCCUCGGCCUCGGCAUGCUCUGCACGCGGCGCGGGCACCGACGGCGGCGGCUACUACUCCAUUGUGUCGGACGCCGACGAGCAGAAGGCCUCCGCUGUCCCGGACGCCGCCGCGGCUGCCGGAGCUCGGCCUGCUCGUGGUUGUGCUGACCGUGCCGAGCCGUCGGGAGCGGCGGGACAUUGUACGGACAGCGACCAAGCUGUGCUGCAGCCUGCGACCAAGCGCGCGCAUGACUUUCUCAACUAG